GACUUGUAUGGACGCGCGCAUCGACCCAACUUCAGCUUUCGGCAUCCCUCUCGGCGCCGCCCAUGUAAUUCGCAACGCCGGAGCUUCUGCUCGCGACGCUUUCCGCUCAAUCGUCAUCUCGCAACAGCUUCUCGGAACCACCGAAGUGUUAGUCGUCAAACAUACGGGCUGUGGCAUGCUCACUUUCGACAACGAGACCGCAAAAGGACUCGUUAAGAAGAACAAGGGCGACGCUGCAGCGAAAGAAGUUGAAAAUAUCGAUUUUCUUACGUUUUCAGAUCUUGAGGGGGAAGUCAAGAAGGACGUGCAGUGGCUGCAGGGCAGGGCGGUCGAGAAAGAUAUCCAAUUUACAGGUUGGGUGUACGAGGUGGAGACUGGCAUAGCGAGGAAGGUUGUGUAGAGAUAGUCCUCAUCUCAGAGUUUGUUGAUA